CAUAUUUCAUUGGGCUCGAGCUUCGUAUGCACGCUCAAUUACUGUAUCGAACGUAUGUAGGCACCAUGGAUUUUGUUGCGGUAAUUCUACGUGUAGUACGGUAACGACUGUACAGUGAGUUGUAGCGGAAGACUUUGGCUCUGCUAGAACCUGCCAGCUGUAAAACAACCCGGCAACAGGAAGGCGAAACGGCGGAUGGAACAUGGAGUGUAUUCCAGUAACUGUAGAUGAUUUUGAGGGCAAAAAGGACCCGGUCAUAGAGGACCCAGAGCACAAUGUGUACACCAGGUUUAUGAAGUCUCACCGGUGUUAUGACCUUGUACCUACCAGCUCCAAAUUGGUUGUGUUUGAUACAUCACUUCAGGUGAAGAAGGCGUUUUUUGCACUUGUUUCUAAUGGGGUAAGAGCAGCGCCUCUGUGGGACAGUAAGAAGCAGUGCUUUGUUGGUAUGCUAACCAUCACAGACUUCAUCAACAUUCUUCAUCGCUAUUACAAAUCUCCAUUGGUUCAGAUAUAUGAGUUGGAAGAACACAAAAUUGAAACAUGGAGGGAGGUUUACCUUCAAGACUCUUUCAAGCCCUUGGUUAGCAUAUCUCCCAAUGCAAGUUUGUAUGAUGCAGUAUCAUCUCUGCUGAAGAACAAGAUCCACAGGUUGCCUGUAAUCGACCCGCUGACAGGCAACACACUCUAUAUUCUCACACACAAGAGGAUUCUCAAGUUCCUGAAGCUUUUUAUAUCAGAGAUGCCAAAACCCUCGUUCUUGAGCCAGACCUUAGAGGAACUGAAUAUCGGAACAUUCAAGAACAUAGCAGUGGUCCGCUCAGACACACCGCUGUACACGGCACUGGGUAUUUUUGUUGAGCAGCGAGUGUCAGCGCUCCCCGUUGUAGAUGACAAAGGUCGAGUGGUGGAUAUAUACUCAAAAUUUGAUGUUAUAAACCUGGCAGCAGAGAAGACGUACAACAACUUGGAUGUGACUGUGACCAAAGCCUUGCAGCACCGCUCUCAGUACUUUGAAGGAGUUCUGACCUGCCACAGGCACGAGACCCUGGAGGCCAUCAUCAAUAGACUGGUGGAGGCAGAGGUGCACAGGCUGGUGGUAGUGGAUGAGCAGGAGGUGGUGAAGGGAAUUGUCUCUCUUUCAGAUAUUCUCCAGGCGCUAGUGCUUACUGAUGCAGAAGAGGGUAAGUACAGCACUGCCUGAGAAAGGAACACCAGGAAAGGUACCACAGUUUCAAGAGGAGGCCAGAGGAAAGGGAGAACGAGAACAGAAAUGUAGAAGGGGAAUUAUGACUGUAGGUUUUAGUAUCAUCAUCCAUCACCUGUAACCAGGUUUCCUCUAUUCACACAUGAAGACAUCUCCCGCUCUGCAAAAAUAUGAUGUUCACUAAGUUUUAGCAACUUUGCAAUAUGUAAUUUUAGUUGUAUGUGACAUUUAGAAACUCUGGUAAAUCGAGCCAAAAUCCAAAUCACCAGAGAGUGACAAGAAAGAUGCAAAGCACAAGAAACUUCUGACGAGGAGCUUUAGCCACGCAGCAUGACCAGCAUCAUUCCCACCUUUGUGGCUGUUGUCAUCAAAGUCAUAAUUAAUGUCGUGCUGAUCUCUAUGUAGAUCAGCACGUCAUUAAUUAUGACUUUGAUUACAAAGAUAUUCCUGAUAAUGUAAAUUAAUUGCCAGAUAAAACAAGCAAUCAGUUAUCAGCUAAAGGAAAACUGAUCUACCUUUAUUUCCUUUCGUUGGCAGCAUUUCAUUUCUAUUGUGAGGCUGAAAUUUGGUUGCACAGUGAGCCUAUCCAAGGGUAAUUUUAAACAUUGUGUAAUUUUUGUGUGUGGUGUUGUUCUGGCACGUGAGCCCUAUUCUUUGUACAUAUGCAUACUAUGAUGUUAUUCGACUAAAAUUAUCGUUAUUCCUUAUUUAGUUAGCUUAAUUAUUUAAAGGCAGGUGGAAAUUGAGUUGUUAAUUUUUUUUAACUUGAAAAACUCCAUUCUUCCAAUUUGCAGAAAUAUUGAUGGAUAUAUGGUUACUUAAGUAUUUAUCUGUAUAUGUCAUACAUACAGUACAUAUAGAAACUACCCACAUACUACCUUUUCAAGAAGAUGAUUUAGCACAAUUUAUCAUUCAAACACUAGGAAGACCUUGGAUAUUGUCAGUAGUCUGCACUGAAAUUAUUCCACAGAUAUAACAUUAAAAAGGCCUGGUCACGGUUUGCUUAUUUGAAUAAGUGUGGACCUUUGCAGAUUUCAGCUUCAGGACGUCCUUAAUUAACCACAGUUACCAGUGUGAGAAGAAUCCUAGGGCUCGGGUUUUAGUCUUGUUUAGCCAGACAGCAAAGUAGCAAACCUGGAACAGCACUUAGGGUCUCAAGACAACCUCACUGGUGAAGUCUAGAACAGCAUAGAUGAAUCUGCUGUCAGAAACGACCGUUAAUUGUGCAGUAUUCUGUUUGAGUGCACAAAGUCUGAAUAUUAAUGGGUUUUAUGUUUUGCCAUUCUGUCUGUAUAACUAAAUGUCUAAUGGAUUGUAUAUUUUAUUUUAUAGACAACUUUUUUUCUGCUUGUUUUGUUAGCUACACUUUGGGGUUUUGCAUUAUUAGCGUUAAAGGGAUUUGCUUACUUCUUCUAUGCUGCAAAAUCUCAUCAGUUUUUAGAAAUGUGGUCCAUCACUUGAAACCUAAUGGUCAAAUUAAUAGUUUCUGUAUUAUUCAUAUUCCGAUUUAUAUGUUAAUGGUGUCUUUAUGCUGAUGCAGAAUAUCAGAUUUUGUAAUUUUAUUCAUCUGUUUCUCGGUUCAUUGUGUCUAGGGAUCUGAAUCGAAAUCACUCAAUACCAGCAUUUCCUUUCCAUUUUCUAAGAAGGAUAGGCCAUUCACACACUUUCUGUUUUGGUAUACAUGAAAUAGAAUGUGUACAAUUGUAUGUAAAUGCACAGUUUUUGUACUAAUCAGCAUUGAGACUAUAAUUUAAAGAAU